GGAGAUUCUUCUUUUUUCCUUGAGUGCGCGAUCGAGGUCAUGGAUCCAUCUGCUGGGUUUAGGAUCCUGGCGCUGGCUUUUGUGCUGCUCUUGAUACCUUCCUGGGAAUGGCUGUCGAGGGUUUCCGACAAGGUCCCCGAACCGUAUCUUGACGAGGUGUUCCAUGUCCGCCAGGCCCAGGUUUACUGCGCGGGAGAUUUUCAUGUCUGGGACCCCAAGAUCACAACGCCUCCGGGCCUAUACCUCCUUUCAUACAUCGUCUACCGCAUCUCGGGUCGCUGCGAUAUCUUCAUUCUUCGAGCUCUCAACUGCUCUCUAGCUCUCUUCAUCGCUCAGGCCUCGUUCUCAAUCCUAACGAGAUUAUACGGCCUGCUCAAACCUGGAAGAUCCGUUCAGGCGGCCUUGUCCUCCAGCGAUGACAAGACGCCUCUGUUUACCAAUGCCGUCCACACUGCUCUCAACAUCUGCCUCUUCCCGCCUCUUUUCUUCUUCUUUGGAUUGUACUACACUGACGUCCCUUCCACCCUGUUUGUUCUUCUGACCUAUCUGUAUGCCCUGCGAGCACAGCGCAAAGGCGCAUCCCGCCUCUACUCUGCUGCCAUGACGGUGCUGCUGGGUGUGGUAGCGCUGUUCUUCCGCCAGACGAACAUCUUCUGGGUCGCUGUUUUCCCGGCUGGGCUGGCGGUCGUCCAGGCCUUGAGGAAGACUGCCCCCCAGCCUUCGGACGAUGCGGCUCACCUCACAGUCAGCGAUGUGCUGCGGGCCAGCUUGAUGAAUAUGACGGUGUACGACAAGCCGGUGAGAUAUGCUGGCCUUGAUGACUAUAUCAAAACGAUCAUUUCCCUUGCCAUUGCGGCGCUUAGAUAUCCCGUUAAGGUCAUAACGGCGGUUGCACCGUAUGGCGGUUUGAUAGGGCUGUUCGGAGCCUUUGUUGCCUGGAACGGAGGAGUGGUCCUAGGCGACAAAUCAAACCACAUCGCGACUAUCCACACGCCUCAGAUGCUGUACAUCUGGCCAUACAUAGCAUUCUUCUCCUUCCCCAUCCUCCUACCGGGUCUCCUCAGCAGCAUGAUCUCUCUGCUGCCGCAGCGCGCCGUACCCACACAGCUCAAGCCAUAUGUAAAGCUAGGCCAGCGCGACCUGCUCCCCCGAGUGGCAGUCCUAGCUUUCUGGGCAGCCGCAUUCGCCGCGGCGGUCCGCUUCAACACCAUCGUGCACUCCUUCACGCUCGCCGACAACCGGCACUACGUCUUCUACGUCUUCCGCAUCCUGCGCCGCCACCCUGCGACCAAGUACCUGGCCGUGCCAGUCUACGUCCUCUGCGCCUGGGCCGUAAUCCAAGCGCUUGGGUCAGCCAGGCUGACGAUUGCGGAAAGAAUUAUCGUUGCAAAGGAGGAAGAGGAGAAGAAGGAAGAGCCGGAAGAGAAGGCCGAGGACAAGACGGAAGCGAAGGCGGAAGCGAAAGAUGAGCAGGCUGAGCAAGCCAACAGUCAGGGAGGCAUGGUCGAGGAGGGCUGCCAAGCCAGCUUCGUCCUCGUCUGGUUGGCCACCACGACGCUGAACCUCAUCACUGCGCCGCUGGUGGAGCCGCGGUACUUCAUUAUCCCGUGGAUCAUGUGGCGGCUGCACGUCCCGAUCUAUAGCUCGGACGACGAGGUCAUGUCCAGCAGCUCGACCGCAGUCAAGGAGAAGGAGGAGGCGAAGAGCGGUGCGAGCGGUCCAAGCAGUGCACAGGCAGCGCCAGCUUCAAGGGGGAAGCACAACAAGUUCCUGUGGCUAGAGACGGCCUGGUUCCUGGUCGUAAACGUGGUGACAGGAUACAUCUUCUUGAACUGGGGCUAUGAAUGGCCGCAGGAGCCGGGGAUGGUGCAGAGGUUUCUGUGGUAGUUGGGGCAUCACGAUAUGCCAACCGUCUGAUCAAAUUCUCAAAACAUACGCAGAUAUAUCAGCCCAGGACU